AAUGGGGUCGGAGCCUAGGGCGAACGUUGCAACCUGCGAGUGAACUUGUGGAAAUCUGCAAGAGCAGAGGCAAGCAAGUCAGAACCAAGAGCGAUGAACGUUUACUCGUUGGGCGUGCAAUGUGUGACCAAGAUAGAGGAAGACCUCCAGUUCGAUGGCUUCGGAGGCUUCAACAAAUCGAUUGAGAGGAUGCGAAGAGAAGGGAGGGGAAACAAGCUUUGAUAUCUUCUCCUCCUACCUAAUCUUACACUUUCAUCAUCUUCUUUUUUACAGCAGCUAGGGUUUGUGGAGUACCAUGUGUUGGAGUGACAAGAUGAACUUUUUGAUUGAAAGGUUGAACUAUCUAUGGUCUCUAUUAGACUGCUAUGGAGAACUGUAGCCAUGAAUCGGCUACCCUUAAGAAAGAUACAGCUGAUGAAGACUCUAUGAAGCUUAUGGAGGAACAGAAGAGAGAAAAAGAGGUUGCUCUUGCAAGAAUACAUCAGUUAGAGAGAGAACUAGUCGAAAAACAAAAGUUGGAAUUUGAAAUUGCUCAGUUGAAAGGUAAAGUAAAAGUUAUAGAGCAUUAUUUGCAUGGGGAAGAAGAUAUUUACAAGUUAGUAGACAAAAUUCAUAAACAAAGGGUUGAAGAGAAGAAAGGUACUGAAGAGUUGCAGGACACUCUUUUGAUGGAGCGCAUGGCCAACCAAACGCUAUGUGAAGCUCGUGUAGAAAUAAUCGGGGAUCUUACGAAAAUGUUGAAAGGUCCUACUCUUAUUGGAAUAAAAAGAAUGGGUGAUCUUGAUAUCAAGCCUUUUGAAAGUGCAUGUAAGAAGUUUUCAGCUGAAGAUGUUGUUAUGAAAACUUCAGGGUUGUGCUCUAGCUGGGAUGUGGAAAUUUGUACUCCAUCAUGGCAGCCUUCUAAAGUCAUUGAAAACAAUGGACAAAUUGAGGACUAUCGGUACAAAGGUCUCCUUCAGCACUCAAUUGGAAGAGGUUCCUGCACGUCUCAAAAGGCAAAAGAGAAGCCUAAUGACCUCAUUUUUUCUCAAUUCCUCCAAUCUGAUCUCGGUCUUGCUGUCGAGCCCACUAAUACUGCACCUAUAGCAGAGCCAAAAUCAUCCAGCUUGAAUUCCAGCUCUGAUGAGCUCUUUCUUUGGCCUUGGAUGGGAAUGCUUGUCAAUUUGCCUAUGGAAGAUGAAUAUGCUUCGCUCAAAGAGCAAUUUGCACAGUUUAAUCCAGUAGAUGUCAUUGCUUCUCCUGUGAGAGACCCUGUAUCAAUGAAAGGUGAGGCUGUGAUUUUUUUUAAUAGGGAUACAAUAGGGUUCAGGGAUGCAAUGGCAUUUGAAAAUCACUUUAAGUUGAAGAGGAUGUGGAAGAAGGACUGGAAAGAGAAGAAAGGUGCCAACUUAAUUGGGAUUCAUGGGUGGAUUGCUCAUGAUGAUGAUUAUAAUUCAGAUAGACCGUUAGCAAAGAUUCUAAGGAAGCAUGGGGAAAUGAAGACAGUUGCAAAUGUAAUGGAGGAGGCGAAGGAGAAUGGGAUGACGGUGGCUUCACUUGUCAAGAAGAUAGAUGUUAUGAAUAAAUAUUUGGCGGAAUUAAACUGCAGGUAUAAUGAGACGAUCAUAUCGCGUGAAAACAUGAUGGAUUCAAAAGCUAAGAUUCUGCAGCAGCAUGAUGAAGAAAUGCAUAUUGUUAAGCGGAAAGGACGUGAGCAUGCAAGAAGGAAUUUGUUGGAGAAUGACAAGUUGAAGCUAGAGUUGGGUGCGAAGAAGAACGAGAUCGAACAAUGUUGCAGGGAACUUCAAAAAUACGAGAAUAAAAAUGAUGAUGUGAAAAGGAAUAUGGACAUUGAGAAGGAAAAGGUAAUAUAUGGAAAAAUGUGUGGGAUAUAGAUUGCAAUAGAUAAU